AAAAUAGCUUUGUUUUUGGAAACGAAAAAAAAUAAAAAAAAGAAUUCAGAAUCAAAAUCCUAAAAAAAUGUCAACAAUAUCCACGAAUCAAAUGAUGACAACAACAACAACCACAACAUUCGAAUUAAAUCCAACCAUACAAUGCAAUGAUUUAAAAGCUUUUGAACGACGACUUAUGGAAACGAUAUUACAACAAAAACCACGUGAACGUUUAUGGCGUAUUGUUUUAGCAAUUAGUCUAACAUCCACUGCAAUUAGUUCAUAUUUUUGGCUACAAGAUUCAAUGAAUCCAACAACAAAUAAUAAUUAUUAUAAUAAUAAUCAUCAACAUUUUCAAUCAAAAAAUUCAGUAAUAACAACAGAUAUGAAAACAACAGAUGAAACCAUUCACGAAAUUGUUGAAAAUAAUUUCGAAGAAUUAACAUUUUUUCAAUCAUUAGUUAAACAUUAUUUUUUUACUAUUAAUUGUAUUAUUCUAAUCACCUUGUUUAUUCUUGGCAUUCAUCAACGUGUUAUACAGACUAAUAUUAUCGUAAAUCGAAUACGUGAAGUACUUUAUGAUUUUGCCUUAUCAUGUGAUGAUCAAGGAAAAUUAAUUGUUAAACAAAAAUAUUCACGACCAUUAUCAACAACAUCGUUAAUGUUUGCAUCGAAUAAUAGUUUUUCACAUUCAUCCACUUUUCAUCAACAUCAUCAUUUACAUAAUAAUUCAAGCCCGGUAACACAAGUAAUGCCGAAUUCAAUGCCAAAUAUUCAACGUAGAUCAUAGGACCUUUGUUUGCAAACAAUCUCGAGUUGUCAAUCUCGAUAUUUAUAUCAUUAUGUGUGUGCGUGUUUCAAAGAAACAAACAAUUCUAACGAUAUUAACUAAGAAAAAAAAAUGGAUCCUCAAUCAAUCUUUCCAACUCUCACGAAUCAAUCUCGAAUCUCUGACACAAACCAUACCUCAUUAUUAUUAUUUUUUGGUUCAAUUUUGAAUCGACUCCUGGAAAAUAAUCGAUCACAG